UUUGUUCUUAACUGAUCUGCCUAGUUAAAUAAAGGUAAAAUAAAAAACAUGUUGUUUUCCACUCAGGAAAAAAAUGAAAUAGAGUUUGAAUGUAGUCUUUGCUUUGUGGCAUAGCUCAACAUUUUUUUGAACUAUUUUUAUAAAGACUUUGAUAGUACUAGAAAGGGUAAGAGUGKCUCUUUUUUUUGUAAGAUACAGAAUCUGCACAAAUGGUCAAUGACUGGAAGUGACAAUAUUAUCAAUAGCUAGAAAUGACCACUAUUUAGCAGUAUUGGCGCUUUUGUUGAAAUAUUGAAGCAGCUUCCGGGUCACAGUUCAAGUAAACUUAAAAAAAACUAAAAAACAUGGAUCCUAACAAAACGGACAACGCGUCUGAGCAGAGUGAUGGAGAUAUGGCCUCUAUCAUGGGAUUCUCUGGCUUUGGAAAGAAAGCUCGCACCUUUGACCUGGAUGCCAUCUUUGAGCAGACCCGAAGAACAGCAAUCGAGAGGAGUCAACAAGUAUUAGAGGAGAGGCAGAAAGAGGAMAUUGGGGAGAGCUCCCAUACAGCCAAGGCAUCAAGCUCCAAACAGAGAGACAGAGCCCCUGCCCCUGCACCCAGGAAGAAGGAGGAGAGCAGUAGUGGCAGCGGCAGCAGUGACUCAGACUCUGACUCAGAACUUAUUGGCCCCCCAGUGCCCAAACAACUGACUGGUCAGGAGGAUGAUGAGGACUUAGUGGGGCCACCACUACCACCAGGGUACAGAGGAAGCACAGCUGACGAUGAAGACGACGACGACGAUGAUGAUGAUAUGCAGGAUGAUGAAGAUGAUAGUCCAGUGAAGAAGAUUCCAGACACUCAUGAGAUUACUCUGCAGCAUGGCACCAAAACAGUGUCGGCCUUGGCAUUGGACCCCUCUGGAGCCCGUCUGGUCACCGGGGGAUACGACUUUGACGUGCGCUUCUGGGACUUUGCUGGGAUGGAUGCAGCUCUGAAUUCCUUCAGAACAAUACAGCCCUGCGAAUGCCACCAGAUCAGGUCCCUGCAAUACAGCAUCACUGGUGAUGUCAUCCUGGUGGUCUCUGGGAAUGCCCAGGCCAAGGUGUUGGACCGAGACGGGUUCCCGGUCAUGGAGUGUCCCAAGGGAGACCAGUACAUCGUGGACAUGGCUAACACCAAGGGUCACACUGCCAUGCUGAACAGCGGCUGUUGGCACCCCAAGAUUAAGGACGAGUUUAUGACCUGCUCCAACGACGGUACUGUUCGCACAUGGGACCUGAACUCUAACAAGAAGCACAAGAUGUGCUUCAAACCCCGCUCCCUGCAGGGGAAGAAAGUCACGCCCACAUGUUGCACCUACAGCCGAGACGGGAAGCUGGUGGCAGCCGGCUGCCAGGACGGAACCAUCCAGAUCUGGGACAGGAMCCUCAGCGUCCACACCAAGUUCCACUGUCGCCAGGCCCACGCCCCAGGAACAGACACCUCCUGUCUCACCUUCUCCUACGACGGGACAACACUGGCCUCUCGAGGAGGUGAUGACACUCUAAAGACCUGGGACAUCCGUAACUUCAAGAAGCCUCUGAAUGUGGCUACAGGGCUUUCCGCCUUCUUCUCCAUGACAGACUGCUGUUUCAGCCCUGAUGACAAGCUGCUGGUGACGGGGACGUCGGUGAAGAAGGACGAGGGCAACGGGAAGCUGGUGUUCUUUGACAGAGCCUCCUUCCAGAAGGUUUAUGAGAUAGAUGUCACCAACGCGGGUGUGGUGCGGUGUCUCUGGCAUCCCAAGCUGAAUCAGAUUAUGGUGGGGACUGGAAACGGACUGGCUAAGGUCUACUACGACCCUGUCAAGAGUCACAGGGGAGCUAAGCUGUGUGUGGUGAAGAGCAAGAGGAAAGAGAGGCAAGCGGAGACACUGACGCAAGACUACAUCAUCACACCCCAUGCUCUUCCCAUGUUCCGCGAGGCCCGGCAGCGCAGCACCAAGAAACAGCUGGAGAAAGACAGACUGGACCCAAUGAAGUCCCACAAGCCUGAACCCCCUGUCACUGGACCAGGUCGUGGUGGUCGUGUGGCAGCCCAUGGAGGUACUCUGUCCUCUUUCAUUGUAAACAUUGCUCUGGACAAAACAGACGAUAGCAAUCCUCGCCAGGCCAUCCUCCGACACGCCAAGGAGGCCUCCGAAAACCCCUACUGGGUCGCCCCUGCCUACACCAAGACCCAACCAGAUGCCAUCUUUCAAGAGGAGGAAGAGUCUGAUGAAGAGGCUGACAAGGAACCAGAGUGGAAGAAACGCAAGAUCUGAGCCGCAGCAACCCCUUUUGUGUGUGUUUGUGCACAGGUGUGUUUGGAUAUGUGCAUGUUUUUGUACUUGACUGUACUUGAAUCAAAUGUAGUGCCGUUUAUGAUCUCCUGAGAAACAGUAAUAAAAGGGACAGUUCAUCCAAGUCACACUCGCA